ACUGAAACUCCAAACCAUUCUUCACGACGCUCAGCAUGCUGGAUGGACUGGGCAACAGUUCGUAGCAACGGAUCGAUUUUACACGUUACCAUGGCAACGGUCAACCCGGCCACAGCUGUUUGCGGACCCCGCCGUUUCCAUCGAAGGAACCAUCCGCCGGCAAACAAGCCCGUCCAGUUCCAUUCUUUCGUUCGUUCGCGACACACUCAACUGCUUGAAAUGUCCUCCCGGGAAAGUUCGAUUUCGGCCAACGUCGCCGACAUACUCAUCAAGAAGCUACGCGACAAGCGGGCCCAGGCGCGUGAACUGCGCAUACCGCCCCCGACGCCAACGAAACAACCGUCCGUGCGGUUUUCGCCCGAGCUGUCCGUGGAGCUGCGGCCCGGCAACGAAACGCUUGAAGCAAUGAAGCGGAAGCUCGGCGUUAUCGACACCUGCUUCCCGGCCUACCAGCCACCGGUCGAUGGGCAGACCGGCGAGGACGCUGUCGACUAUCCGGACACCUACCGGACGCUCUCGUCGAAGGAGAAGCUGGUGCUGCUGUUUGCGGAAAACUUUCGCCAGCAGUACAGGGAAAAGUUCCCGCACCGGCAGCCAUUGGUGCUGGCCCCACCGAACGAGUGCGGGGUGCAGAAGUUCGUGUGCACCACGCUGCGACCUGCCGUGCUGCUGUUUCCGGAUCUGAUCGGGUCCUGGCAGGAGAUUGCUGCGUUUGUGGCGGACUACAUCGUGUACGAGCCGCUGGUGGAUCAAGUGAACAUGCCAACGCGCCUGGUCUCGCCGGACGAGGUGCUGAAGCGGCGGCGUGCGAACAGUUUCGAGCUGGCCACGCUGCUGGCCAGCUUUCUGAUCGGAAAUGGGUUUGCGGCUUGCGUCGUUUCCGGCUAUGCGACGCGCGAAGUGGUCAACAACGAUCAGCAACGCGUCGUGUGUCCUUUUGUGCCGGUGGAAGCAGAGGAAAGCACCGAAGAGGAGCAACCGGAGCCGCCGAACAAGUAUCAACUCCGCCAACCGCCCGACCUGCGCAGCCAGUACCUGCUCAGCAUCGAGGAGGAAAAGGUGGCCAAAGUGCAGGCGGAAGAAGCGAAUCGAUUGGCCGCCGAACAGGAGGAGCGCGAACGGCUCGAGCAGCCCCCGAACGAUCCCAAGCGGGGCCAUCGCGUCCACGCCUGGGUGGCCAUCGUGCUCAAUGCGCCCUGGUGCUACAAACCGGGCUACCGCGAGACGGCCCUCGAUCCAAACACGGGCGAACAGGUGCUGCAGCCGCCGAGUGCCUUCUUUCUCGAACCGUCCACCGGAUUCCGGCACGAGGUGUCCUCGCCCGACUAUCUCGCCAUCGAGAGCGUGUGGAACCAGCACAACUACUACGUCAACAAGCAGGAUCCGGCCGCAGGCCUAGCGGCAAUGCGCUGGGAUCUGGCCGAGGGGCGCGACUGGGAACACUUUCUGCCGGGGGAACCGUACGAGCUGCGGGAGGACAGUGCGGUGCCGGAGGAUCAGGACCCGCUCACCACGGAGGAGGAGAUCGAGAAGGAGAAACAUCUCGACAUGCCGACGUCCUGGGUGCGGUCGCUGAACGUCUCGCGGACCGACUACGAGCAGCGGUUCCCGGACGGCACCAAGGUGAUCUACUUCAAGAAGACGAUCUACGAGCGGUUCGCACCGUACCGCAAUUUGAUCGGCUUGGUGCGGCGCAUCACGACGUACGAUACGCUCGACUACGACGAUCCGAUCAGCCGGUGGGAGUUUUACGCCAACCGGGACGAUCAGCUCAACCUGGUGCGCAUCGAGUACCGGACGAACGAGACGGAGGAACGGUUCGACAAGGGCCGGCCGGACUGUUUGCGCUCGCUGAAGCACCGGGCGGCGCCGAACAAUGAGUACGAGCUGCGGUUCUUUUACCAGUACCGGUUCGAUGCGCUGCGUACGCUGGUGUACCAUGCCGAGUACAUACAGGAGCACUACGAUAAGCGCGAUGAUCGGUUAUAUUAUCGCGAGUUUCACAACAUUCCCAAGGAUCCGGUCACCAAAGAACCAAGCAAGUUGACGGACAUUACUGAAAAGUUUCAUCAACAUCCGACCAAAGAGCCAGUGAAGGAUAUUGCGAUCCGGAAUUGCUACAUACAGGAUAACAAGAUUGCCCUCCAGUUUCACUACGGUGAGGACUGCAUUACUGCCUCCACGCGUGAGUUUGUCAAGCCGCCCAAGUCCGAGAUGGGCGAAGAAGUGCCGUACGAUCCUGCCUGCACCUCUGGCUAUGUGUCCAACCCCUGGGACCCGCAACCGACGCAGCUCGAUCUGUUCCUCCUUCUCAAGGAGCAGCUCAAGGCGGAAGAGCUCGCCUCGCACGCCUUCCGCCGUCGUGUGGUCGAAAUCGAUACGAUGCUUAGCGAGCGGCGCAAGCAAACCGACUCACCGCGCCUCACCAACAGUCUGUUCGAUCCGCUGCGCAACGAGGAGGCCCGUCAGCAGCGGCUGGCCAAGUACGAAGCGAUCAAGGCACGGGAGGAACAGAUCAAGCAGCAGCAGGCCGACUUCCUGGCACCGUAUCUGCUCCGGCUCGGCAACACCAGCAAGCGUCCACCGACCCGGGCCCAGGUGAUGGCACUGUACCGGGACUGUACGACGGAUCUGCGCCGGUUCUACCAGCGGCUCGAGGAAGAGCUGCGCAACCGGUGCGACGAUCUGAUCACGGAGGAGCAAUCGCUCAAGCGGUUUCUGGCCCGCUUCCAGCAACACUUUGAGGACGCCGAGUACGAGAAGUUCAUUGCCGAGGGAGAGACGAUCGAGCGGGAUAAGCACAUACUGCAGAUGCGCCUCGAGAACAUACAGGACGACUACCGGCGUAAAGCGGCCCAUCUGCGGCAGGCGUUGCGGGAAGAUGAGCGCCUCAGACCGUACUUUGGUGCGGAGCUGGAGGAGUCACCGUGUUGUGAGCGAAGUGAUUAUGACGAAGAAUGAUGGAGAGUUGGUGGAGGCCGCUUGGUGUCUUGUGUGUGAGUGUUUUUCUAAUGCGUUUAAAAAUAUUGUCUAAACUGCUAAAAUUUUGAGUGAAAUAAAAAAAAAGAAGAAACAUUUCCCACCAUA